ACCAAAAGCAAACUCACAAUCACAAUCACAAAAUUAAAAUUCAAAUUACAAUAAGAAGCAGCAGCAUGUCAUCGUGGCUAGCUCGGUCCCUAACAAACUCCCUCCGAAUCGAUGACAACGACGUCGUAGCGGACCCUCCAGCUGUUUCUCCCACAAGCCAACCACAUGAACAUCAUGAUAAUGCGCAUGGAUCGGAACCAGAAGACGACGAAGACGAAGAGGAUCAAGGCCAAGGCCGUGGAGUCAAAGAGGAUCUUGAUGAAAUCAAACAAACCCUAACUCGUCAAUUCUGGGGAAUGGCUAGUUUCCUCGCUCCUCCUCCACCUUCCAAUUCCAACCCUUCAUCUCCCCCUUCUCACGACCUCUACCAAGACUCUAUUCCCGAUCAUUCUCGGCCCGAUUAUUCCGACGUCGACCAACCUGAUCCUGAACCCAUCGGAUCCGAUUUCGGAGGGAACCACCAACCUGAAUUGGAGGAAUAUGCUCCUGAACGCGCCGUUGGGAUCACCGACGAGGUUUUGUCCUUCGCCUUCAAUAUCGCUAUGCAUCCCGAGACCUGGCUCGAUUUUCCUAUUGACGAGGAAGACGAUCCUCAAGAUUUUGACAUGUCCGAUGCACAACAAGAGCAUGCGGUUGCAAUUGAGAGACUUAUUCCUAGAUUGAAUGCACUCAGAAUUGAACUGUGUCCUUGCCAUAUGAGUGAAAGUUACUUCUGGAAAGUCUAUUUUGUGCUUUUGCAUUCAAGGCUUAAUAAAGAAGAUGCUUCCAUUUUGUCUACACCGCAGGUGAUGGAAGCCAGGGCAAUGUGGAUGCAGGAGCUGCACAAACAAACAAAGCCUGAAUUUGAGUUUUCCAGAAUAAGAACUAUGUACUCAAAAGGCCCUGUUCGGCAUGAUGAUUUUGCCUGCAGCUUAGUAGAUGAUGCCUAUUCUGAUGACCUUUCUCAUCAAACAUAUGGAUAUGAAACAACAUCUUUAUCCAUGCUAGCAGAUAAAGAGAUAGAGAAGCACACGAUUGCAGUUGAAAGUUCUGAAACACAUUUCAUUGACAAGUCUGUAAUUCAGGAAAAUACAAUGAUUAAAAAUGAGAACAAGGAUCUAAAAUGUGGUCAUUCCACUCAAAUUAUUACUCAGGACUAUGUUAAUGAUGAUGAUGAUAUUGAUUGGCCAGAGGAAGAUUCUGAUUUAGGAGAACCAAUUAUUUCCAUCGUGAAUGAAGAAGACAUAUCUUUUAGUGAUCUUGAAGAUGACGAUUAUGGCAUUAAACCUAUUACUUGUAAUACAGGUUCAAAGGUGGCAUAAAGCUUCAAGCCAGAGAACAUGAUUGUGGUCAUUCAGGGCUACUUGAUCCUCACUUAGAAGUAAGAGCAUGAAGGACAGGUGGCUGAUGUUCAGAAAAACUUGACUACCUGUGUCUUUCUUGAGCAUCUGUUGUACAUAGAUGAAUGGUCAACAAAGUUUGGAAGUGUCAAGAUAUGUUACUUGAUAUUAUUUGAGGUUUUGAAUCGAAACUUGUAACAUCUAUUACUAUGCAUUUGUUUGCCGCAAGGCUAAAUGUUGUGUUCGGGAUACAACUCAAAUGAAAAGGAAAGACUGGAACCAAGUGCGUGCUCGGUUGAUGUUUGAUCUCUGUUUUAUAGAGGUCCAAACUGAGAAUGGGGAUGAAUAUACGCACAAACGCACCAAUUCGAGGGAGAGCUGUUUCAGAAGGUAUACAUCAUAUAGGCACAAGAAGUGUACAUGACUCGUCUUGUUUGUUGUUAAAUAUAGUUAAGUUGAUUUCUUUUAUAUAUUUUUUAAUUAUUUUAUGGCGGUUUUAGUGGUGAUUGACUGAUUGGGGUGUUCAGUCUUGUUAUUUUUUGUUUGUGUUGGCCUCCCCGUCAUUGCCUUGCUGUCAACUGUGUUGGAAAGGAAACCAAUAAUGUGAUUACUUAAGUGAUCAAAUGA